AAACGAUGUGCAAGAGAGCAUUUUAAGAAUAUGAUGUAUAUUAUUAUUAUUAUUAUUAUAUGUAUUUGCGCCCUAUUAAAGUGGUCAAUUAUUAUAAUGAAUUUUUUUUUUAGUUUUUUUUAUACAAGCGUGACCGUAAUCAAGGCCUUCGCUGUUAGGAAGCCAUUGCCAUAUAUUGGCGCUCGGUAGCUAAAACUUCGUAUAGCAACAGAUCAGCGAGCAGGUGUUGGUACGCCGCAAUGGACUCCUGGGUUCGGUUCAACUCGCAAAGCCAAGGCAAGGAAAGGAUUAUACGGUAAUUUUAUUCACUGCCUCGCUGUGUUUGUUACACGCUCAGUAUCACUAAAGUGACUUGGAACACGGCGAGUUAGCAACUUGUCAAGAAGUGCUACUAGUUCGUGAACCUGGCAAAGACACUUUCAGCGCAUGCUGACUGAUGUCGACUACAGUGUGGACGAUGAUAUGGAGGGCUCGGAUGUUCUAACGUGUUAUGAAUACUUCCAGAAGACAUUUACGACCGACUUCCAUUCUUGUGGCUCGAAGAUUUGUUUGUUGCUUUACAGGGCUGCUCAAUAUGCCUGCACACUACUGGGCUACACACUGCACAAAGGUGGAGCAGGAGCAGAACUUCGCAGAACUGUUAGUCAACUGGAAGCACACAUGAGCCUGACGAGAAAGUUGCUGCGUCUGGGGAACUCGGUUGAGGCCGUGGAGGCAGCAAAGAGGGCUAUCCAUCUCUCUGACAGCAUACUGAGGCUCUGUCUCACCGUCAGCCACCUCAACAGAGCAAUGUACUUCGCCUGCGACAACGUCCUCUGGGCGGGGAAGACGGGCCUCAUAUCCAAACUGGACCAGCACAAAUGGAGCCAGAGAUCUUUUAAGUACUACCUAUUUGCUCUAAUCCUCAACCUGACUCGAGAUGUGUAUGAGCUACACCUCCUCAUGGAGCGAGAAGCACGCCACAGAGCGGCCAAAUCUCCCCCCUCACAUGACCCCGGCCCCGCCCUGAUGGCCCCUGACCUGUCGUCCCCCUCGUCGCCAGCCGCCGCCGCUUCGGCCGCUCUGCCUUACCUGUCCACGUGGCUACACGGGCAGCUCCACCUUUUAGCGACGGUGCUGUACAGCAACCCGCCACUCCUGUUGGAUCUGGUGAAGAACUCGUGCGACAUCUUCAUCCCGCUGGAUCGCCUGGCCAUUUACCCCACUGGGACGGGCUUUGUCGGUGCCUGUGGGCUGGCCUCCUCUUUGCUGUCCAUCCUCACCGUUGUCCACCCUUGGCUUAAACUCAAGCCAUGAAGCCACAGAUGACUGAGAGGGUUGUCUGGUUUUAAGACGUGGAUGAUCAGCUCAGGCUCAGUGGCAGGUUGUGCAUUUGGCACCUGGGCAUUUAGUACAGACUGACCCGACUUAAUCCACCUCUUAAUACAUCACAAUUUUAGAAACCAUCAAAAAUGACUACAACAGCACGCAACUGUGCCCAGCACAUUAUCCGGAGCAGUUGCUUAUUAAAUGUAUUGUGUGCGGUUCCCUACACAUGCGUUCUGCUUGUUCAAGUUGGCUGUAACCAGUUUGGCUCUGACCAACCAAUGAGAAGACAGAAAAAUGUGGACAUCAUGAAGGGCAGCACCCUGGCCCUGCGACGACUAAAUUGAAGUCCGAAUCGUGAGACAGAGUUUGUUACAUUGACCAUAUCGAUUCUAAAGACCAAGGGCGAAUUAGAUUUACCUGGCAACACACAGAGGCUGAAAUUUGAUUGAACAAAACAUAUCUAGCAUGUACUGGAGGUAGCGUAGUCAAGAGAAACAAGACAAACCCUUCAGGCAUUUUAACUGAUGUUCGGUUAACAAUUUCAUCUUGUCUUCAUCAACAUCUUUCACAUUUGAUUUAGUGGCUCCCCCAUUUAUCUGUUUGUGUUUUAUUAUUAUUAUUUUUUCUGCCUGUAUACUAUAUUUACCAUGUUGAGUGGACCAUUUUUGGGAUUAGGAUUUUGCUUCCAUUAUGACAAGACUCAAAGACAAUAAAAACAAGUUUAGUUCAGAAUAACAGCUUCAAAUAAAAAAACAACUUUUAGCCAAUCCUUUUUUUUCUUGAACUUGUGAUCGAAAAUUGGAAUCCUGCUGGUGUUUUUCUCCACGUGACAGCGGAGCAGCCCUCCUCAAUAAGUUUAGCAAGGGACUGGAAAGAAGGGAUCCAAAAAAAAAAACAAAAAAAAACUUUUCAGUUCAUUAAGAUGCAAAUUAAUUAUUGAGAACAACAGCGAGCCAUACAUCCAUGUCAAUCCUGGGUCUCCAUGCUGUCAUCCUCUCCAUCCCCUCCAUCCCCUCCUUCCCCUCCUUCCUCCAGAGGCUCAUCUUCCUCCUUCCUCUCAGGGGGUUUCUCAUAGGCCUUUUCGGAAGGGGUCACUAUCACCCCAUCCCAAGUAGACAUCUCGGUAGCCAGAUCUGCAAUAGUUAUUGAUACAAUGAUUACCUACCACCAUGUUUGGGCGUGUAUCUAUCGUGCCCUAUAGAACUUACAACUAGCAUCUCCGUCCAGGCCGAGGAUCUUCCUGAAACCGCCGUGUGACAGGACCCUCACCAGUGUCUGAGCUGUGAAGCACACCAUGUCCUGCACAAAUUACACAAAUAUAUUAAGCUACAGGACCUUUUUUUCUUUUCCCAAAUUUGAUAGAAAAGACCAGAUAGUAAUCAAAAGUACCGGAGAGGUUUCCAUGUUAGGAACCACACAAAGGGCUUGGUCAUGGCAGGAAUUUAACUCACAAGUCAAGGUUCUACUGUACAAAUAAAGAGACCGACCUGCUGUUCCAGAGUCAUGACUGUGUGCACUCGGAAGUUUCCACUCUCACAGGGGUCAGUGAUACCCACCGAGCCGGGCAGGAAGAGACCGGCGGCCAACAUCUGCAGGCAGCGCCUUCAAAACAUUAUGUAG